UCUGCCGCCUGAGAGCCGCGGGCGGAGACAAAGAGACCUCGGUCCCAGCGCAGCCCUGCGCGGGCCGGCCCGGGCUCCCCUCGAAGGCUUCCAGGGCAAUGGCCCGGUCUCCCCGCGAACGCCCUCUCGGGAGUGUUGCCCUCUCCCUCUGAACGUCCUCCAGCCGCUCCGUGUCCGGGGUUCUCCCUUCGCUCGCAGCCCCCUUUCCAGUGUCUGUCCGUCCGUCCCGGCGCGCAACCUCCGGCCACCGGCUUGGAUGGACGCGCGGAGGCUGCCCGGGUGUCCAGGGAUCUUGCUUCCGAAGUUGGUCCUGCUUUUUGUCUACGCAGAGGAUUGCCUUGCUCAGUGUGGGAAAGACUGCAGAUCUUACUGCUGUGAUGGGACCACACCCUACUGUUGCUCCUACUAUGCUUAUAUCGGGAAUAUCCUCUCGGGCACGGCAAUUGCUGGCAUAGUGUUUGGAAUUGUAUUCAUCAUGGGGGUCAUCGCUGGAAUUGCCAUAUGUAUCUGCAUGUGUAUGAAAAACAACCGUGGGACCCGGGUGGGCGUCAUCAGGACCACUCACAUCAAUGCCAUCUCCUCCUAUCCUGUGGCACCACCGCCCUACAGUUAUGACCAUGAGAUGGAAUACUGUGCCGACUUGCCACCUCCCUACUCCCCGACCCCACAAGCUUCAGCACAGCGUUCUCCACCCCCUCCUUACCCUGGAAAUUCAAGGAAACCACCCUUCUCCCAGACCAGAAUAUGUGCCAAUCAGAGAUCUUGCCUGGAAUAAAAUGUCUCUCUCAGAAACAGGAAAGGACUGCUCUAAGGAAUACCUUUUUUGGGCCCAACAAUAUGCAAGUGGAAUAUCCGGGCUAAGAAAUACUGAGUGUUUACCCAUCUCUGAGCUGACCACAUCUGGAGUAUUGUUUGGUUAGAUGAUACCACGUUUGAAAAGAUGUAAUGAUCAAUGCAAGCACAUUCAGAGAAGAGUAAUGAGACAGACGAAACAUCGGAAAAUCAUAUUGCUUAAGGAAACUGUAGUCCUGAUCCUGGAAAAGUGAAGAACGAUGUAAGAGAGGAGAACAGCCUGGACUACAUAAGAAAACAACUAUAUUCUGUGCAGCCUUAGAAGUCAGAAUCAGAAUUAUUCAUUCUUUUGUUCAUCAAUAAAUACUGUUCGAGUGCA